AUGACCAAUCAUUUGUGGGCAAAAUUUGUGACUACUUUAGAGUCUAAAGGCGUUUCUUUUCAACACGUGCAGCAUGCAUCCGAUAGACGUGCGGUUAUUAUUGCCGCAGGCUUUACAGACCCUAUUAGUAUAGCCAUAUUAGAAACAGAAUGGAUGAAACGAAGUGGAAAUAGUGGGAGUUCAUCAUCGGCUCUCGACGAUACUGCAGUAAUGACAGGAUCAUCUACAGGAAUCACAUCUAAAUCUAAAUCUAAAUCUACUACUACUACUACUAGUAAUAUUAAUAGUGAGUCUGUGAACCUCAACACAUCGCAUAUUCAGUUUUCUGACUCUACAAAAUUAGAAGAUGUACCUGAAGAAAUUCAGGAUCGUGUAGUGACAACAGAAGUAUUAGCCGCUAUUGUUGGACAUGGUGGUUCACUCUUGCAAGCUUCACGAGAUGGUUUUGUUGUCUCCCGUUAUGUACCUGUCUCUAUGCGUAGUUUAUGCAAAACUAUUCUUCCUGUAGCCGAUGCCUUUAUUGCCCUUCGAAAAGUAGAAAGAGCCGAAUAUAUGGGGAAGAGUCUUGUGGCCAUGGCCCUUGGGGAAGUGGUGUCGGAAGUAUGUACAAGCUUUGCACAUGAAAUUGCCAAUUUACAGCGAUGGGCACAAAAUAAAGCGAUGCCACUUAUGGGAGUUGUCUCUGAAGUAUUACGUGCAGGACAUCACAUUGUACGUCUACGGCAGGUAUUACCAACAGAUGCGAUAUUAGAAGAAGAAGGAACUCUUUCUAUGGUGGGUUGGCGACUCCUUAAUCAUAUUCACGAACAGGCAGAAAAAUAUUCUGGUAGUAGAGAAGAUGAUGAAUUACUAUUAUUAUUACUUCGUCGGGCAUCCGCACCAUAUUUACGUGUUUUACAUAGAUGGAUGCAUGAAGGAUUAUUAGAAGAUCCGUAUGGAGAAUUUUUUAUCUCAGAAUCACGUCCACCCACUAAUGCAACAACAGCUACAACUACUACUACCGCUACUAUUACUACCACAGCAAUAACAACUAGUAGUAUUAAAAGUGUGGUAACUCGUAUUUUUCCUUCUUCUGGUGGAACUGAUGAUUAUGGUGAAGCAUCAGUAGAGGAUGCCGCUGCGUUUGAAAGACGUUUCUCAAUGAAUAAAAAUAUGAUUCCAAAUUUUCUUCUUUCAAAUUCAAAAAUUGCAAAAAUGGUUUUUUACGCUGGAAAGUAUUGUUGUUUAUUACGUGAAUAUAAUGGUACACUUCCUGCAUUUGGAAAUGUGGCUGAAAAUUUACUUGUUUGGACUGGUGCUGAUAAACUUCAGCGUAUGAUUGAAGAAUCAUAUGAAAUUGCUAGUGGUGAAGUAUUACAAUUAUUUCUUGGACCACAAGUAGAUUUACUUGGACAUUUAUCAUCUUUAAAAAGUUAUUUUCUUCAGCAACGUGGAGAUUGGUUGGUUGACUUUCUGGAUAGUGCAGAGGAACUUCUCGUUAAGUCUCCUGUUCAGGUAAAGGUCCAUUCCGUUCGUGUACUACUUCAAGCAGCUAUAGCUAGAUGUUGUGGAACAGAUCCAUAUCAUACUUCUAUUGGAUGUAGUUUUUCUGAUACUUCUAUUGAGCAAUAUGUAAAUGGUUCUUUUGAUCAACAAACAGAUGAGUCUGCUCCACGUGGUUCUUGUGGAAGAAAAAGUGGAAUGCGUGUAGAAACACAUCGUUGUAUUGAACUAUUACAAUUAGAAGCCGAUCUUAAAUGGCCACUUACUAUGGUUCUUGACCCUCUUAUUCUCCAACGUUUUAACGUUAUAUUUCGUCUCUUCACAUGGCUAAAGACCUGUGAGCGUAGUCUCACUACCGCAUGGCGAGAAGGGGAUGAACCCGAUUUUCAUUACCCAUCACAGGCUUACAGUAUUAAACACCAAUUAAUUCAAUUUAUUCGUCAAUUUCAAUUCUACGCAGCUCAUUUUGUAGUGGAACCAUUAUGGGGCCGUAUGAUUGGACGUAUUGGACAGGCUGAUAGUGUCUUUGCGGUUACAAGUGCCUUGCAGGACUUUUUCCAAGGCGUUGAACUCGGCCUUGUGCUUGCGAGUGCCCAUCGAUUUCGUAGUCUCUCUCGCAUUUUAGAGAUUUCUCGCAGUUUUUGUGAAUUAGGAAGACGCGAUGUGAUGUCCCGUCUCUCAACAGCACAAGUUCACACAACAUUGCGUAGUAUUGAGGAGAAAUUCUUAAAAGCACUUUCAGAACUCGCAUCACCCGUCGGCGCUGAUUAUCCCCAACUCAUUCCACUUCUUACAUGGAUGGAUUUUAGUGGUUUUUAUGAUCGUAAUGGUGUAUACCGAGUCUUAUAUGCGGCAGGGGCGAGCACAGAAACACUUUCCUCUAAUGGUACGGAAAGACGUCGAAACUAG